AUGCCUCCAACCGUCCGCCUCACAAGUCUCAUUGCUGUGACUAUUGCGCUGUCGAGCGCCCUAUGUCUCGCCCAGGAUAAGCUCAUGACGCAGGGGACAUACAUCGACCCGGACUCAGCCUUGAGGUUCACGUCUUGGUCUUCGACUCCGGAUGCUGACGGGAGAGGCGCGUUCACCUUUGGCAUGACGCUCCUAGAUGACGCGGCGGACAAGAAUGCCACCGACUAUGUCGGUGUGUUGAUCGACACAACUGACAGAAAGGGGGAAAACAAAAAACAGAAAUGCCAGAGCCUGAGCGCAAACCAGACGGGCUGGUGCGGCCUCGCCCACGGCGGCAGCAUGCUGCGGAACCUGCUGCUCAUGGCCUGGCCGCACGAGGGCCGGGUGCUCACGUCGUUCCGCUGGGCGACCGACUACUUCAAGCCGGGCGUGUACGGCGGCAACGCGACGCUGACGCAGGUCACGUCGCGCGUCGACCCGCGCGGGUUCGAGGUGAUGUACCGCUGCGGCGACUGCCUGCGGUGGAGCGAGGGCGCCGACGAGGGCUCCGCGGGCACGAGCGCGGGCAGCCUGAUGCUGGGGUGGGCGCAGGGGGCCGACGGGCCGACCGACGCGGCGAGCCCGGAGGGGAUCGACUUCAUCUUCCACAACAACGGGUACGGCACGUGGCGCGCGGAACUGGAGGGCGAGGUGAACCCGUCGUCGUAG